AUGCCUAAUCCUCCGGUCGUUUCAGGUGCGAUCAUCGUCGUCAGUGUCGCCGUUGCCGCUGCAAUCGCCGUCUACGAAUCCCAACAGGCACGUCAAUUUGCUGAAGAUGUCCGACGACGUGUAGCCGUCGCCCUGCACUCUCUGGGCGACGAGAUCAACCCCGCACCUCGGGAGCCUCGAUUCAACCGCCCAGAAGAUGCAGAGGGUUUCAUGGAGAGCACCGGCAAUGCCAUGCCGGGAGUCGAAGCAGAUGAAGAAUCCCGAAGACGCCAGCGCGAGGAGUUGAUGUAUUGGAAUGCGGAAAAGAUAGAGAGGGAGCGGAGGCUUGCGGAAGCCAGGCCUGCCAGCAGAACCCGGGGAUCGAGCUUCGAUGAUUUCUUGCAGGAGGACCAUACGGCCGAGAAAGGAGCAUAUGUGUACAAUACCGGCGCUGAUGUCCACCAAGAAUCAGACCAAGGGCUUCGAAACCGCGGUGUCAAAGGCCUCGAUCGGGCAGCGAUAUACGCUAAUCCUUUCGGUGACGAGCACCAUGUCGACUUCGAGGAGCAACGGGCUAUAGAUGCCAGUCUGAUGGCACCCGAAAUGUCCGAGAGGCUGGAAGUUAUGUCGGAUCUUUACAAUGCCAGCGAAGACCUCCGCCCCUCCCGUCAGGCACCGGCUACCAUCGCCGAGCAGCUCAUCGACAUCUCUGAAGUUGUUCCUGAUCCGCCUGUCCCAGAUCCUUCUCUAGAUAUUGACACGAAUUUCACCAACAUGUCCGAGUAUCCACGAGAUGAAUCCGCUUACGCUUCGAUCCACGCCUGGGCCGAUAACGCAAAUAGCAGCUUCUAUUCCCCACUACCUGUCACUCCCAGAGCUGCGUCUCCCCAACAAGAACAGUACCAGGCCUCCCCCGUCUCGCCUCUAUUCAACGACCCUCCCAUAUCUGUCCCAGGUGAUAUGACGCCCACUACGGAUUCUGCAUCACUUGCAGGUUCUGGUCGCGAGGUCUGGGGGCCGCGGAGCGGUGCUACCAGCGAGGCUGACAUCAUGAGCGUUGAUGGUGAGGGAAUCAGCACCCCUGGGAGCUGGACCGAAGUUGGCAGUGUGGUCAGCGAGAAUGAUGUUCCAGUUCCAGUUGCGGUAUCGCAUCAUUAG